AUGAGGAUCCUUGACCCUCAAACCGCCGUACUGACCAAUGUCGAGGUCUUGGCCUAUCUGACCUCCAAUCCACCCCGCCGACCACCGCCAAGUUCGGGGAACUGGGCACCAAGCCCAGAUCUCAGAGACCAUAAUACAGUGGUUAAAGAGAUUCACAACUAUGCAAGCCGUCUCUCCCCCCAUCUCCUACGAUACCCCCGCUACACAGCCCACCCUACCCCCGCCCAGUCGCAAUCACAAUCGCAAGCCGCAAUGACCGGCACACUGCGAACUUCAAAUUCAGCAAUUACAGAGGCAGAUGGUAAUUCCAUGCCACCACCAAUCCCCUCCACAGAAACAACACCUAUGGACACCGCUCUCCGGGACCUCGUCGUCCGCCUACAGCCGUACGGACUGACCAAAGCCGAGGUCGUUAUGAUCCUGAAUCUCGGGGUGGGACUGAGCGGCAGCCCUGCUGCGGAGCAAACGGGAGAGGAAGGUGCGAAUGGACAUGACGCAAUGGAAGUGGACGGGGCAGCGGAGGGCGAGGAGGGCGAAGAGGAAGAUUACACUGCGGUGGUGCUAAUGGAUGCUGUUAUUGAAGAGCGGGAGCUCCGACUUUCUGAUGAAGAUGUUAAGGCCAUUUUGGCUAUCAUUAAGGAAACCCUUACGGCGGACUAUGAGAAUGUGAAAGGGUGA